GGGCUGGCCUGUCGUCACCACCCCAUCCCAGGGCGGGGAAGGGGGUGGGCCAGCUCCUGCAAACCCCCGGGAGAACAGGCUGUUGUGGGGGGGUGGCCUGGGUCCGGAGAUGGGGGGCAGUGGCGGCCACAGCAGAGACUCCAGGAGGUGACCGCCUGGUUUCCAUUAGGGAGUCCUGGUCAGCAGCUUGGGCGAGACGGCAGAGUCUGGGCUGGCCAUGUGGCCCAGCCUGCUGCUGCUCCUGCUGCUGCCCAGCCCUCUGCCCGUCUCUGGCAUGGACGACGCUGACUUCCCCCACCUGGGGGAGAGCUCACAGCCCCUGAACCGGGCCUGUCCCUCGCGUUGCUCCUGCCCCCGAGCUGACACUGUGGACUGUGACGGCCUGGACCUUCGGGUUUUCCCGGACAACAUCACCAGGGCCGCGCAGCACCUCUCCCUGCAGAACAACCAGCUCCAGGAGCUCCCCUACAAUGAGCUGUCCCGCCUCAGCGGCCUGCGAACCCUCAACCUCCACAACAACCUCAUCUCCUCGGAAGGCCUGCCCGACGAGGCCUUCGAGUCCCUCACCCAGCUGCAGCACAUCUACGUGGCCCAGAACAAGCUCUCGGUGGCUCCGCAGUUUCUGCCCCGGUCCCUCCGCGUCGCGGAUCUGGCUGCCAACCAAGUGAUGGAGAUCUUUCCCCUUACCUUUGGGGAGAAGCCAGCGCUCAGGUCCGUGUACCUCCAUAACAACCAGCUGAGCAACGCUGGCCUGCCCCCCGACGCCUUCCGCGGCUCCGAGGCCAUCACCACCCUCAGCCUCUCCAACAAUCGGCUUAGCUACCUGCCGCCCAGCCUGCCGCCCUCGCUCGAGCGGCUCCAUCUACAGAACAAUCUCAUCUCCAAGGUGCCCCGAGGAGCCCUGAGCCGCCAGACUCAACUCCGUGAGCUCUACCUCCAGCACAACCAGCUGACCGACAGCGGCCUGGAUGCCACCACCUUCAGCAAGCUGCAUAGCCUUGAGUACCUGGAUCUCUCCCAUAACCAGCUGACCACAGUGCCCGCCGGCCUGCCCCGGACCCUGGCUAUCCUGCACCUGGGCCGCAACCGCAUCCGGCAGGUGGAGGCGGCUCGGCUGCACGGGGCGCGCGGUCUGCGCUAUUUGCUGCUGCAGCACAAUCAGCUGGGGAGCUCGGGGCUGCCCGCCGGGGCUCUGCGGCCGCUGCGGGGCCUGCACACGCUGCACCUCUAUGGCAACGGGCUGGACCGUGUGCCCCCGGCACUGCCCCGCCGCCUGCAAGCCCUGGUGCUGCCCCACAACCGCGUGGCCGCGCUGGGCCCCCGCGACCUGGCCGCCACGCCGGGCCUGGCGGAGCUCAACCUGGCGUAUAACCGUCUGGCCAGCGCCCGUGUGCACCGCCGGGCCUUCCGCCGGUUGCGCGCCCUGCGCAGCCUCGACCUGGCCGGGAAUCAGCUAACCAGGCUGCCCAUGGGCCUGCCCACCGGCCUGCGCACCCUGCGGCUGCAGCGCAACCAGCUGCGGAUGCUGGAGCCCGAGCCUCUGGCCCGCCUGGACCAGCUGCGGGAUCUCAACCUGGCGCACAACCGGCUUCGGGUCGGUGACAUCGGGCCCGGCACCUGGCAUGAGCUCCAAGCCCUCCAGGUGCUGGACCUCAGCCACAACGAGCUGUCCUUUGUGCCCCCGGACCUACCUGAGGCCCUAGAGGAGCUGCACUUGGAGGGCAACCGAAUCAGCCACGUGGGCCCUGAGGCCUUCCUCAGCACGCCUUGCCUGCGUGCCCUCUUCCUCAGGGCCAACAGGCUUCACAUGAUGAGCAUCUCGGCUGAGGCCUUCCUGGGGCUCCCAAAUCUGCGCGUGGUGGACACGGCAGGGAACCCAGAGCAGGUCCUGAUCCGGUUACCUCCCACUACCCGACGUGGGCCACGGGCAGGGGGCCCUGAUCCUGGAGAGGCCCAGCAGAGCAGCCCAGACUCCUGGGGCUCCGCUGGGCUAUGGACUGAGGAGACGGCGCCCGCAGGGGGCCCUCUGGCUCUCCUGGGCCUCCAGGGCUGGCCAAGGCACUGAGGCAUGCAGCUGGCACACUCCAGGCUUGCAGACCCACAACCUACCCCAGACCCACAGCGCAGAUGGACACAGCAACAAUAAAGCCAACCCCUUCCAAACAGA